AAUCAACAACAUUUGUAAGAAAGUGUAGCCAAACAAUGUUGAUUUACUGAAGUACCAACAAUCACCCCCCCUUCUUUCUAUAAUGGUACAGCGCAAAUUAAUUUGCCCAGGAGCUUCCAUGAUAUGUUUGCGACUGUGAGAAAAUCGGCCAUUUGAGUACAAUAAACGUCAAACAGCGUUUCUGUUGUGAAGUUAUGAAGGUUUCAGAUGGGAAUGUAUAAAGUACAAUAAUUGUGCCAUUAUUUUGAAAAGUACACGUCAACUAGUUAGUUAAAUAGCUAGUUAAAUAGACUAUCGGCAGACGUUAGUUAGCUGUUGCAGACCUGAAUCAGUUAAUCAUCUAAUACAGGACCGAAAUAUAUUUUCACUACUCCUUCCUCAUGCCACACUAACUACAUUCUUCAAAAUAAAUAAAUGAAUAAAUAAAUCACUGCUUUUUACUACGCGGUCUGUUUUUGCUCGUAAUUGGAUGCUUGCGUUUACGAGGAGCACAUGAACGCAGCAUGAUUUCUGCAGCGGUGAGCCGUUCACUGUCAACUACGUGCGACCCCUAUCUGCCAGAGCCCGACACUCCCCACGGAGGAGAGGAAGAUGCUGUCACCGACCUCAGUGAAUGACAGCAGCGUGAACAUGGAGUCGUUUUCAAACGUCCUUGUGUAAAACUUAUCUGAGCCGUCUUUGCGCUCUGUUUUUUUUUUUGGAGGGGUGGGGGGCUUUCAGGAUGAUGAUGGCGUCCCAAUGCACGGAGAAAGCCGUGCAGGAGUUUCUGAUGGAGAGAGGAGGGAGGGUCCAACGAAUGGAGCUGAUCGAUCAUUUCCUAUCAGUCUGGGGCCAAAAUGACCAGUCGAAGGAAGACGUCGAUCGUGAGCUGCUGACACGCAUGGUGGAUAACGUGGGUGUGGUGAAGGUGGAGGACGGCGUGAAAUUUGUGUGUUUGCAUGCUGGAGGCAGCGCGGAGUCGGUGAUGCGUGCGGACACAGACGGCCACGAUCACGCGGAGUGCAAUGGUAAUAUCCAGGAGACGGUGGACGACAACAACUAUGUCAAUGGCAACCCUGACAACGGAGCCCAAACAGGAGAAUCCAGCACACCGCCUGCUAGCCUGGACAACAACAAACAGUCAAACGCCAAUGAGCAACCUACAGCCCCCUCCCAGAAUAAUAAGACCAACACAGCGGCUCCUACCUCUGGUGGAGGAGGGGAGGUGAAGCUGAGAGAGAGGAGGAGGCGGGAGUCCGCCCCGGUGAUUGGGGUGCCAGAUCUGGAUCAGGUUCACCAUGCAGGGUCCCACAAUCAGCAGGUGAGAGGAGCUCGCAGGGUGUCCAAAGGGUCCCAGCGGGCCAUGCUGAUCAGCUGCUUAUCUGAGGACAGCGCCUUGGAAGGGUUGGACCCUGUCGGAGAUAUCAACACACCCAAGGGAAGUCGCAGGAACUUCAUAGAGCUGAUGAUGAGUAGUUCUCCUCAGGUUCGGAGGUCUCUGAUCAACCGUGGCUCCCGCCUCCGGGACUCAGUGAGGAGCGAUGGAGAUUCGACAUCCCUCCUCUCCUCAAACACUGAUGAGGACUGUGCCUCAGUGACGCUGGACCCACUGGAACACGAGUGGAUGCUGUGUGCCUCAGAUGGCCUGUGGGAAAGCCUGCAACCCCUGCUCGCUGUGGAACCUUGCCUAGUGGCCAAGAGAGACUUUGUGACCGGCUUUACCUGCCUCCACUGGGCAGCUAAGCAGGGCAAAGCUGAGCUGCUCUCCCAGCUGCUGGCCUUCGCCAAGGAGAACGCUAUACCUGUGAAUGUAAAUGUGAGAUCAAGUGCUGGAUACACACCGCUGCACCUGGCAGCCAUGCAUGGGCACACACAGGUGGUUCGUGUGUUGCUGUCAGACUGGGACGCAGACCCUGAAGCUCGAGACUACAGUGGGAGACGAGCCAUCCAGUACCUGUCCCCACCACUGGCCGCUGACCUGCAGGAGGAGGGAGUGGUCGUCUCACCGGGAGCUGUAUCAGACAAUGAAAACACUAACAGUGGCAGUGGCUGGGGGCGUGGCUGGUGGUUUCCCAGAGUCCUCCCGGGCAACCUGAACCCGCUGCGGCUCCUGAAUCCACCCGCUGAGGCAGCAGAGGAUGGAGUCGCAACUGGGAGGACCAAGGGGGGGAUGCAGAGGAAGUCGUCCCUGAGCCGGCUCAACGCCCGGCUGCAUCGAGGACGCCACAGAGCCCAGAUCAUCCACAGCGCCUCAUUCAGGGACCCGGGGGAGGUGGGAAGAAGUGAGGAGCUCCCCAGCAGUCCUCUCCGAACUCGACCACUGUCCAACCUGUUUGGAUGACACAACUCUGAACCAGCAACGUAAACCAGUUUGACAUGUUUCCAAUUUACAAAGUACAGUUUACUCACCUUUAUAAGCUGAACGGUCAGACAUUUCUAUGACCAAAUUACCCUAAUAUAGUGUCAAGCUGAUUUUCAAGUUUUAAUAUCAUGAUUUUAAAAUUCACAGAUGUAUGUUUGACUAAAAAUCUAACUUAUUUUUGUUUCUUUUGCACUUAUUAAGCUUUUGUUGAUCACUGAGGGCAGAUACAGUUGAUGUAGCAUCUACCACAACAGUUCACUGAGUUAAAAAUGAGCUACUGCUCUGUGAUUUGAUUUUUCUUUCUGUUUUUCAAGUGGAUAGCAAAUAUUACACUAGGGGUUUUUAGGUUAAUACUUUCCACUAGAACAAUGUUUACACAACGGUAAAAGCAACAGGCGGGAUUGUGUCAGGUUUUCAAUUUCGUUUUGACUCACAGCGGUGAGGGAUUUGAAAAUGAGGCUUAGCUUUCGUUCCACACAGUUAUCCAAAAUCUUUUUCUUGUUUGCAGAGUAAAGUAAUAUAUUCAUAGAACUAAUUUUUUAUAUUUCAACCUCCUUUAACUGGAUGGUGCUGACAUUUUUUUAAAUAUACAUUUCUGUAAUGUGAAUGAAUCUUUUUUUUUUUUUUUUUUUAAGCAAGCAGCAGAUUUUACAGAUUUCUUGUAUGUCCAAACAACCAUGUACAGUUGUUGUUUGCACUUGUCACUUUGAAAAUAGUUCGUGAUUUUGGGAAGAAACUGCUCAAACUAAAACCAUACCAGCUGUUAGAAGUCCCAUGUCAUACUUAUUAAGUUAAAAUUGUACACACAAUGUACAAGGGUGUUCAAAUUAUUACACCUUUAGAUGUAUAAUGCACUGUACAUGUAUAUAAACACAAAUGAGACUGUCAUUUUUUU